GUGACAACGACGCAGUGACAGACCGGAGUGAAACGAGCUCGUUUGGCGGCGUUAAAACCGACUAAACCGGGUUAUUUGUGUGUUUUAACACGCGGUACGUGUCUGUGCGUGAUGAGCAGACAGAGGUACUUCACUCCCGCGGAGGUGGCCGCGCACAACACCGCCGACGACCUGUGGGUGUCGUUUCUGGGCAGAGUGUGCGACCUGACCCCCCUGAUGAGCCAGAACAAAGGUGACGCUCUGCUGUUACCCAUCAUGGAGUGUGCAGGGAAGGACAUCAGCUCCUGGUUCGACGCUGACACCACAGACGUCCUGACAUAUGUGGACCCAGUGACUAACUGUGUGAGGUACUACACCCCCAGGGGGCGCUUUGUGCACGUCCCUCCUGCUGGGCCUCGCUCCGACUGGGCCAACGACUUCAUCCAGCCCUGGUGGAGGGAUAAACGCUACGAGGUGGGGCUGCUGUCCGCUAAGACCAGGUGGAUACGGGUCAUCAACACACUGACCUCUCAGGAGCAGCGACUGCAGGUGUGUUCAGAGGAGACUCUGGCUGAGAUCCGCCAGCGCUACCUGUGCUACAACUCUCACGCCUGCAGCUACACCUGGAAACAUGACGGAGUGAGCCUGGACAUGAGCAUGACGCUCAGCGAGAACAACGUCCCCGAUGACGACCACGAGCUCGAGGAGCUGCGACUGGACCGAGACCUCUUCACCCCCGCCAUCCUCCUCCACUUCAAUGACGACCUGACAGAGGGCUGACCUCCACCACAGAAAGACAUUAAAGAUCAGUUUGUCACCUGCUGCACUCGUAUCGUAGGCUCGUAUGUCUGCCCCUGUACGGCAGCCUGCGAGGAUCAUAACCAGUGUAUGAACGUUAACGAGGAGGCCGACUCAUUCAGUCCACUCCAGGAUCUCAGAGUAUAGAAAAUAAUCUUUAGGCUGACUUCACUUGCAAAAUUUUAUUUUAAAUCUUUAAACCUCCAAAUCCACCUGUUUCCAGCACAAACACACAACAAACAUCGAACUGAUAUUUAGUUUGACACGUGUACAAGUUGUGGAUAGAAACCGGACUGUUGUCUCGAGUGCACUGACAGUUAACCCAUGUUAAAGGUUAAGACCCCUGGAUUUGAAUUUCCAAAGAAUCCACUUUGAGUCUUCCUGUGCACAUGGGUUCAUUUAGGGAAGCAAUGACUCUGGAGAAGUUUCUCUUCCGGAAAAUGUGUCAAAAUAAAAUAAAAGGGAAGUUUUUUUUUCCUGUGAAUCCACAUGAUUCACUGGAAAGAGAACCAAUGUCUCUGCAGCAGAAAUGUCACCGUCGUUAUGAAAUGCUAAACUGGAUCCAGAUGUAAUUUUUAAUUGAUGACUGGACAUUUUCUUUACAGUGGGUUGGUUGGUGUGAAGAAGGGAGGAGACGUAAACUUUAAUAAACCAGAGAGCUUCGUGUUUCUGUAGUUUGACAGAAAACAACCAGUUGGUUCGUGUUGUCUCCUCCUCAGCUGUUUCUGCAGAGACUUAACAA